CGGCGCGUGCGGUUGUGGCUUAUAAUAUCCCAGCUAGUGACUCCCAACAUCGAAGAACAGUUCUUGGAAACGGAAAAUGUGUGAAACUCGGGUGCGUGGCUGCUGGGAAAAGGAAAACUAAUGGAAAACUGUGCCAUCCAGCCAUAGAGCCAACGAUUUGGCACAGUUCCCAUUAUGAUGAUUGUUAUAUAAAAAUCCAUUAGCCCGACUGCCGACCCAUUUGCAAACGAACCCGAAACUUGUUCGCCUAUCAAGGACACAGAUCUCUUUCUCGUCGAGAAGCUCUGCAUGAGCUCCGUGAGUCACCCAUAAACCAGCCCAUAAACAGCCGUGUCUUCUAGUAAAAGUGGAGCAGCAAUAAUAGGAAAUCAACAAAAGCGUUAUAGUCCAUUCCAAUGAGCGUUUGAGUGUCAUCCUCCUCCGGGGUACAGUGAAGUGUGAAUUGUGACCCCGAAUUUUAGUAGACUUGAAAAUGCAGUUGCUACUUUGGCUGUGCCUGCUCCUCCUGCUCCUCUGUCAUUGUAGUCCCAGCCAAGCUAAUAUUCUCAACACUUUGCUGGGCGUGCCUGCGGAAUGCGUCCACCAAACUGGUGUUUGGCCCUGCAAGUUGAGCUUCUCCUGCUGGCUGCAGGGCGGCAAACAUGCCAAGGGAUGUGGCAGCAACAAGUGGCUCUUCAGCUGCUGCGUCGCCGAGCCUCAGCACCAGCACCACUCCCCCUCGCCACUGGCCAAUCUGGUGGACUAUGGGAAGCUGAAGCUAAAUCUGAACAGCCUUCCCAAGCGAAUCAUGCUGCGCAGACGUGACGAUAACGAGCUUCUCAAUCUCAAGCCCGAAUGUGGACUACCAAGAACGGCACAGAACACGCUCCAGAAGCGCAUUAUUGGCGGUCGUCCGGCGCAGUUCGCGGAGUAUCCAUGGCAGGCACACAUCCGCAUUGCAGAGUACCAGUGCGGCGGAGUGUUAAUCUCGGCCAAUAUGGUGGCCACAGCCGCCCACUGCAUUCAGCAGGCUCAAUUGUCGGACAUUACAGUAUACCUAGGAGAGUUGGACACUCAGGAUCUGGGUCAUAUCCACGAACCGCUGCCAGUGGAAAAACACAGCGUUUUGCAGAAGAUCAUCCAUCCGCGCUUUAACUUCCGUAUGACACAGCCAGAUCGGUAUGACCUGGCUUUGCUUAAGUUGGCUCAGCCGACUGCCUUUACGGAGCAUAUCUUGCCCAUCUGCUUGCCGCAAUACCCAAUCCGGCUAAUUGGUCGCAAGGGUUUGAUUGCCGGAUGGGGCAAGACGGAGGCGCACAUGGGACACGCCGGCACUAACAUGCUGCAGGUGGCCAGUGUUCCAAUUAUAACCACCUUGGACUGCAUUCGUUGGCAUGAGAGCAAGCAGAUAAAUGUGGAGAUCAAGGCGGAGAUGUUUUGUGCUGGUCAUUCCGAUGGCCAUAUGGAUGCCUGCUUGGGGGACUCUGGUGGCCCGCUAGUGAUCAAGGAACGUGGACGUUUUGUGCUCGUAGGCAUAACCAGCGCGGGCUUCGGUUGCGGAGUAGAUCAUCAACCAGGCAUCUAUCACAACAUUCAGAAGACUGUGAGGUGGAUACAGGAAGUGGUGACCCGCAACGAGUUAUAGCUGGAGAUGACCCUGAAAAUCCCCUCCGAACCUUUGGCAAUGCAACCCAUCUCAUUAGUUUACGACUCGUAGCAUUAGGCAAUGGAAAUGUGCAAUCCGCCGCCAGAGACGCAAUAUUUAUUAGAUUUAAUA